CUUCUUCACACCACAUAUACUCCUACAAGAUAUCACCUUUGCAUAGUACAAGUACUACAAGUCAUCAUCACGAUGAGACGAUUAGGUGUUUUAUUAUUACUUCUGACUUUGUCGGAAUACGUCUUAGCUCAUAAUCAUCAUAAUAUCACAGAGAUCGAUACUUCAGUACCAUUCGAUGCGAUCAUUUAUACGCAUAUGUCAUUACAAACUUUUCUCUGGGGAAUUUCUUUCCCUAUAGGUAUGGUAUUAGGAUUAUCAAACUUUGUUCAUUAUGAUCAAAUCUUGGGGGAAGAGGGAAUAGUGAGAUCUAAAUAUCAUGUUCCUUUACAAAGCGUUAAUGUCGUCUUAAAUUACGCGGGUCAGUGGAUGGGACAUCAUCAUGGUGGAAGACAAUUUCCAGCUACCGUUCAUGGUAUCAUGGCUCGUAUCCUAUUCUGGACAGUUCUCGUGCAAGCAGGUUUGGGAAUAUUCUUAAAGCUUCAUGUGUUGGAGAAAAACGUGAGAAAAUGGGUGGUACCUGUUCAUUCGGUCAUUGGAAAGGCUUUCCCUAUACUAGGUUGGACACAAAUGCUCUUUGGCGUCGCCACAGCUUUAGGUUACUGUCGUGGUGGUGAUCUCGGUCAAUGUCUCGCACACUACAUAAUGGGCUCUGCAUUCAUCGCCUACGCUGUCAUAUUGGUCAUCAUGCUUAACCUUGGUGGACAUUGGUUGGAGAGGAUAGGUUGUAGUCAAGAAAUGUUAGACAGUAGUACUAUAAUGGUCUGGGGCAUCGUCAAUACCUUCACGGAACAUCAUGGUGGAGCAUGGAGUCAUAAAGAUAUGCAACAUACCAUGCUGGGCGUAUUAUGGUGGACAGGCGGAAUGUUAGGAGUGUUUCUCUCACGCAAAGGUAAACGAUCUUUCGUACCUGCAGUCAUAAUCAUCAUGACUGGUUGGGGUAUGUCAGCACAUGAACAAGCUUUGAUGAUUUCUUCCAAAAUCCACGCUUUGUUUGGUUAUGCUCUUAUCGCUGCGGGAGUAUUGAGAUUGGUAGAGAUUUGUUUCGUUUUGAAUGAUCAAGCUACACCUCAUGGUGUUAUCAGGGUUUUCCAACAUUUACCUCCGUAUCUAUUGGUACUUGGUGGAACUCUGUUCAUGUCAGCUACAGACGAAGAACUUCGUAAUGUUGAUAAUCUCGGUAUUGACCAUGUUUCCUAUGCUCUCUUUGACUUCUCCCUAUCUUUCCUAGUCUAUCUCAUCAUCACCUUCCUCGUCCAUCUCUAUCUCUCCACAGGGGUCAACUCUACCUCCGCCGUCCCUCCUAACGCUGUGGAAGAAGGAUACUCGAAGAUACCUUCAAGGUCAAGAAGACGAACGUCAAGGACAGAAUCGGAAGAAGGUGCAGAGGUUUAUGAACUUACUGAACAAGAUGAUGAUGAGGAUGCUACCAAGAUAGGACAUGAAGAUGAAGUUGAUUGGAUUGGGAGACAAGGUCCAAGUAGACUGAAUGGUGUACGAAUUUGA